CGGGUUGCUAGGAGACGGUGCUCCGUUGAAGGAGGUGAAACAGCAGAAGAAGGGAAGUUGUUGUCGCCAUAGAAGCCUCUCAGUCUCUGGGCCCAGGCUGUGGUCGUCAGAAAGAGAGGCUGGCGGGCGGGCGGGCUUGAAGUUUUGUUGUUGUGAAUGGCAAAAGCCGUCCCCGCCAUAGAAGCCUUUCAUCUCAGUUUUUGUGGGUCAAAGUUGCGGCGAUCAGAAGGAGGCACUUUUGUUGAGGAGCGUCAAGCAGAGCCAUCACGGCCAACAGCAUGUGUCCAGCAGAUCCAGCCUUGGAAGGUCUGCAGUUCAAAGAUCCUUAUGAAAAGUUCAUGUAUCAGCACCUCCAGUACUAUGGAUAUUUCAGAGGUGAGAGAAAUAUUCCUCAAGGUAUUCCUUUCCUUUCUGAGAGCAAAGAAGAAAGCUCUCUCCAUAUGUUGAAACCAGACAUCUUCGGCAAGAGAAGUACAUCAGAACACAACUCAGACAAGAACCUACUCUGUUCAGUUGCAUCAGAGACUGCGCGCCUUAAAAGCAAGCAACUUUUGCUCAACCUUCCAGAUGGUCCUAGUGUUCUGCGCUUACGAGAACCGCGAAAUCUUUCUUCUCUUCCCAAUGGCAGAGAUUCAGUCUUGACCCCAUUCUGGCCAAUAGAGUGUGAAGUAAUUGAGGAUAGCAUCCAUCACAUUGAGUGGACUCCCCCUGAACCAGAGCCUUUCUAUCAGCCAACAGGAAAUGAAUAUGCACCUGAUGUAGUGGGAGAAGAGCAUGGAACUGUUGUCUAUUCCAUAGAGCCAGCAGCCAAGGGUACCUGUUUCACUGGCUCUCGAGUUGGAGGGUCAAGAGAACCCAUCAAGCCAGCGGCACCCUGCCCAAGAGACCCAGAAGACACCAUGCUGUUAUUUGAGUCUCGCUUUGAAAGUGGGAACCUCCAGAAAGCUGUCAGGGUAGGCAAGUAUGAGUAUGAACUCACACUGAGGACAGAUCUUUAUACUAGCAAGCACACACAGUGGUACUACUUCAGAGUACAAAAUACUAGGAAGGAUGUAACUUACCGCUUUACUAUUGUUAAUCUGAUGAAAGCCAAGAGUCUGUACAGUAUAGGGAUGAAGCCUCUCCUAUAUUCUCAGAAGGAUGCUCAGUUGCAUGGUGUUGGCUGGAUAAGAGAAGGCAGUGACAUCAAAUAUUAUAAAUACAACACAGAGGAUGGUCAGACCUUGUAUUGCCUCACUUGGACUAUGUCUUUUCGGCACAGCCAUGACACAUGUUAUUUUGCUCACUUCUACCCCUACACCUAUUCGGAUCUACAGCGCUAUCUCUUGACUUUGGUGAACAAUCCAGUCUGUUCUCAGUAUUGCAAACUUCGCCCUCUGUGCAGUAGUCUGGCUGGGAACACAGUAUAUCUCCUCACUAUUACCAACCCAUCUAAAAGUGCUGCUGCAUCUGCUGCAAAGAAAGCUAUUGUGCUGAGUGCCAGGGUCCAUCCUGGAGAGACAAACAGUUCCUGGGUGAUGAGAGGCUUCCUGGAUUUCAUCUUAAGUGAUGCCCCUGAUGCUCAGCUUCUUCGGGAUCUCUUCAUAUUCAAGAUUGUGCCCAUGCUUAAUCCAGAUGGAGUGAUUGUGGGAAAUUACCGCUGCUCACUAGCAGGAAGGGACUUGAACCGGAACUACAGGACACUAUUGAAGGAAUCAUUUCCUUGCAUUUGGUACACUCGGGCCAUGGUCAAGAGAGUCCUUGAGGAACGUGAAAUUCUGCUGUAUUGCGACUUGCAUGGGCACAGCCGGAAGAAUAAUGUUUUCAUGUAUGGCUGUAACAACAAGCGAACAAAAGAACUGUUAUUUCAUGAACGAAUCUUUCCUCUUAUGCUGAGCAAGAAUAUUCCUGAUAAGUUUUCUUUCAACAGCUGUAAGUUUCGGGUCCAAAAGUGUAAAGAAGGCACAGGACGGGUUGUGAUGUGGAGAAUGGGAAUAUUGAAUAGUUACACUAUGGAGUCUACCUUUAGUGGGUCAACACUAGGCAGGAAAAGUAAUUCUCAUUUUACCUCUGAAGAUCUCAAAACUUUGGGCUAUCAUAUCUGUGACACUUUGUUGGACUUUUGUGACCCUGACCAUUCCAAGUUUCAGCAAUGUCUGUCUGAACUGAAAGAGCUAAUGAAGCAAAAAAUACAGAGGAAGCUUUCAGAGUUGGGCCAUGAACAAAAUACAGAUGGUACAUGGAGUGACAUAUCUCUGUCUGAUGUUGAAUCAAGCACAAGUGGCUCUGACAGCUCCCAGUCUGAUGGUCCCCCUGCACAUUUGAUCAGCAUGAUAGAGAAGGAUUAUAAUGAGAAGAAGAAAAAGAAGAAAAAUAAACAUCUACGCACAAGAAAGGAAAGGAAUAAUUUGCAUCAGAAUCAUGCUCAGAGACAUUCACCAAAGGACAAAGAAGAUGUCCCGGCCCAACAUACGGAAAAUUCUGUCUGUUCCAGUUUACAAAGAGAAAACCUGAAUAACUUUCAAAAGUUCCAAGAGCCUCCCUUGGGUAAACAGAUAAUUCCCAUGUUUCAAUAUGAGAUGAAUAUUACAACGCCCCAGCCCCUCCUUAUAACAACAAUUUCACCAUUGCGACAGUGCCUCCCAAAACCACUUGUCAAACAGCAUCCAUCUCCCAUUCAUGGACAGCCCAAUGGAGAACUUCAUGGGAAGAAAAAUCCAGGCCUCUCUAUUCCUUCACCUUCUCCUGGACUUAAACGACACAGGUCCCUAUUGUGUUAUCCUGAAGUGCCUUCAAUGACUUUAAUGCUGCGUCGAAGCCUAGCUUUGAAAUUCCAGAGUCCUUUUGACAAUAGCAGACUCUGGCACAUGAGCCAAAGCAGGUCACAGAUUAUUUCCCAUGGAGAAUUCAAGUGGAAACCUCUUCAAAUUGACAGCAUGCUUCUAAGAACAGAGAGUAGAUACCAUGCCAAAGGCAAGGGGCCAUCAAGCAAGAUGGAACAAAAACAUUCAUUACUAAAAUGCUGAGAGGAGUCCAAACACAUGGUUUAUGCAUAAAGAACUACUUGUCCCCUCCCAUUAAACCUCAACAUUUUUAAUAAUUCACAUAAGCAACUGGUCACUCUCCUGUUCCACACUUAGUAUAGGACUUUGGCACACAGUUGUCUGUAUUUUUUGAGGAAAAGCAAAGCUGUAAUCUUGACAAAGAUUGGGAGUUUUGUUUUAUUUUUAUUCCUUUAUAGCUCAGAUGAAAGGAAAGUGGUUUAAUUGGCUUCUAAGAAUAAGUUAACAAAAAGCAUUACAAGGAAUACACAACUUUCCACAACUGGGUUUUCCUUAGAGAAAUAAGAGGUGGUUGAGAUGAGGGGUCUUACAAGGAAGAGAACUGGCAGGGAAGGGAUGCUUCGCUUGUAUGCUGUUCGUUUUUGUUCUGAAAUUGCCCCCUCCCCCUCCAGCUGUUUUUAGGCAUAACUCACAACUAUGAUGAACUCCAAAGACAGCUCAAGUGGAAAUAGCCAAUGGAUGUAUCAUUUGCAGAACAGACUCUGUGAAUGCAAAAGGAUUAAGUACUCUUUAUUCCUGGUGUUUGUCUGAUUCUCUAUUACCAAGGGUUCCGCCAUCACUAUACUCAUGUUACAUCAGCAAAUGUGAGUUUGGGAAUUUACAUCUACUGAGAUACUGGCUUAUUUCUGGUUUUUUUCCCUUAUCCCUGUUAAGUAUACAUUAACUUUUUUCAUGAUAAAGAUUCAAUACCUAAUAAUUUUGUUUUUACAUUUUUUAAAUCUUUCUUAGAUGGCUAUGUACAGGUGGGUACUGUUAUAACUUAAUACAAGCCUGCCAGUGCAGUGCUUGAACCACACAAGGAACAAAUUGUAGGCACAUGUGGUAUUAUUUUUUUAGGUCAUAAGGUUAUGCUGCUAUCAUUUCCCCAAAUUUGAAGGUUAUUCUAAUUGGGGUCUCCUUCCACUCUCUCUCCUGCUACUGUAUUCUAAUUUCCAGUGUAUUCAUAGUUUAUUUUUCCUUGUUCUAGAAUGAAGAGUGUGUUAUUAGAGCUUAAUAAAAAAAAUGUUCGUCCUA